UCUCUUUAUGAAAGAAAUCAAUAUUAUAAUAUUUAACAUCGUAUUUAAUUCGCACUUAUUUCAUACAUAUGUAAAAGUUUGUUUCAUAAAAAAAAAUUACAAAAGAAAAAAAAAAAGAAAAAAAUUAACUUUAGAUCGUCAAUGUUCAAUGGUUGAUUUUUAGACAUUCUGAGGGCUCGAACAAUAUUGAAUAUUUUAACGCGUUAGCGGGCCGAUGACGGAAGUGUAAGUCACAUAAAAUAGGUAUAACAGAAAUGAGCUCAAUGGUGCUCUCGUUGGAUCGAUUUUCUCGGCCACCUGUAUUUCUACUGCAAAUACAUUCUCACAAUCAGUGAGAAACAUAAAAGGUAUAUACAACAUAUAUAUGAAGCCAAUGGCAAGGUAAACCUGAGCUCAGUGUACCGAGUAAUUCGCUACCACGGAGACGUAUUUCCACGGUUGCUUUUUCUUUCCCUUUCGAAUUUUACGAAAUUUUGUAACGUCAAGUACUACUAAAGAUAAAAAAACAAAUGCAUGUUCAUUGUUACUGUAUAAAUUAAUGAGAACAAAAAAAUUUUCAAAACGAAAUUGUUGCGUCGAACCCUUAUCUCUGUGUUUAUCUUAUGUAUUUUCAUUGAUUAAAAUCAUGUGAUUAAUGUAACCACAUAUUUUUAAUUGGAAAAUUUUAAGUGCGUCGAACUUGUUCAACUUUCUUUUUCUUUGAAUUUCCGAACGUCUGGAGAUAUUUAAAUCAUUUUGAUUAGAAAUGUUUACGAACUAAUAAUCUUCGAAAUGACGGUGCCUAUUAAUCGUUUCUGAUUGGUAAGAGAUGCUACUACCUAUUCAAAUUCUCGAUAUUAAAGUUUGAACAAAUCAUCAUGAAGUGGAAACGAGAAUCCACGGAAUUUUUAUCGGAGAAGACUUUCCUGAUAAUAAGGGACAAUUUGGAUAAUUGCGAAGCACCCGAAAAGACGAAAAAUAAAAAGAGUAAGAAGAGCAACAGCAACAGCAGCAGAGGUAGGUCCACCGACGAAGAAAGCGAUGGUUCACAAAGGAGAUCGUCGUUAGGAAAAACGAGUACUUGGCCGCCAAAGAUAAAAAGAUCUCAUUGUCAGCAAAUUUACGAGGAAAUCGAAAGACCGAAAACCGCGAAUCUUGAUAAACCUAGCGUCCUAAAUCCAGAAUUGGUCGACAAGCUCGAUAUGUCCUUGCUGAGUAAGGAAUUAUUUUGCGAUUCUAUGACGCGUUACCAGCAGCAGGUGACGAAGACGAUUAGUGGGGGCAACUCUAGCAUCGCCUUUUUCCCUUCCAAUCGUCCUCGUCAAACUGUUCUCCUCGGUUUCCAACAACAACAGCACCAACACCUUCGACCUGCUUGGAACGAUCGCAUAGCUUUACAUCAAAAACGUCGUAGUUUCGAACAAAUACUCGACGUGAAAUUAACUCAAAUAGAAACUAUAACGGAAUCGGCGAAAAUGCACAAGAAUUAUCGUAUUGCUAAUCAAGAAAAUUGUCAUCUUGGAAAGAAAUUAUCCUCGGACGUUAAGAAAUUCGAUAAUAAUAAUAACAGGAAUAAUGCGAAUGGACCGAUCAAAGUUCAAACGUUAUCAUCUCUGAGGAAAAAAAAUUCACGAGCCAACAUGUCGGCCGACGUCGAAGUCUUCACGAGUUUGACGAGCAAAAACGUUCCAGAGCCGUGUAGAACUUGCGGAAGAUCGGAUCAACCCGAAAGAUUUCAUAGUCAUCCGAAGGAUGGAAGACCUGGAAAAACAAAAAUUGCUAUUACUUCAGUAUCCCCGAAAACUUCGAAGGUGUCGGUACCAAAGACCAUACAGAAACCAAUGCCAUUGAAUUUUCGCAGCGAUAAAAAUAGGACGAAUAAAUUGGAAGAAGCUUUGACGGUUCGAGAUGUUCAAACGAAAGAAAAUAAUACUGAGGAAUCAUCGGAUAAAUCAACGAGACCAUCCUCAGCUCCGAUAAGAAGAGGACCAAAAACAGUAACUUGUUACAUUUGCGGUCGUGAAUUCGGCACUGCUGGCUUCCCCAUUCACGAACCCAAGUGUAUGGAGAAAUGGGAACGAGAAAACAAUUCUUUGCCAGUUUCCCAAAGACGACCUAGACCUAAACGACCGGAAGUUGCGAUUAAUCAUUCGGAAUGGAACGCAGUUGCUUGGAAAGAGAGUCAGACACAAUUGGUUCCUUGCUCGAAAUGUGGAAGAACAUUUUUACCAGAACGUUUGUCAAUUCACUCGAACAGUUGCAAAGCGAGUCCAAAGAAUUUGGAUAAAGAGAAAACCGAGAAAAUAGAUAUUUUAGAAAAAUCUUCAACGAUUUCUACACGAAGCGGUCCUCCUAUGGUACCUUGUCAGAUUUGUGCAAGAAAUUUUAGUACAAGAAGCAUAAAGAUUCACGAACCACAGUGCAUGAAACGUUGGAAAAUGGAAAAGGAAGAGAAAGCGACGAACUCUCAAAGAAUUUCGUCUCACAAAGAAAAAUUUUCCCCUACUACGAAUUUACAGGACAAUACUUUGGACAACCCUAUUGGGGAUACUACUCAAAAACGAAUGAUCACCUGUUAUAUUUGCGGUAGAGAUUUUGGAAGUGUUAGUAUAGCCAUUCACGAACCGCAAUGUUUGAAAAAAUGGCAUUUGGAAAACAACAAGUUAUCGCCUAAACAAAGAAGGAAGGAACCCCAAAAACCAGAUAUUAUUUAUACGAAAGACCCAUCUACAGGAAAUGCUGUAGUAGACGUUGCAGCAAUGGCGGAAGCUAGUUGGAAGUCUCAUCUUAAUCAAUUAGUUCCAUGUAAAAAUUGCGGAAGAACUUUCAAUCCCGAUCGUGUAACUAUUCACGAAAAAAGUUGUAAAGGAAAUCGUUAAAGAUUUCUCAUCGUAUAUUUUUCAAUCUCAUAACAUAUAGAAUAGCAUUUUCUGAAAUAAAACAGUAAUAAUAAUCAUCGAUGAUCACACAUAAAAAAAAGAAGAAAAAAAAGGCAUUUAACAUUAACAUAUUUGUUUGAACAAAAAUACGAUUAUUAUGAUUUAUUGCAUGAGAAAGAUGAUAGUACUUGAUCUCCAUUUGAAUUAUUCGAAUGUUACAAGACUGGUAUCGACAUUUUGGUUUUAAGUUAAUUUCAUUUUUAAUUCUAUAAUUCGUUAUUGUGUGUGUACAGAUAUUAAUAGAUUUCUCGUAUUUUAUAGAUCGAAUGAGUUACCAAAUGAUAUUUGCUAUGUAAAGUGAAUAAAGUGAAAAUAGUAUUGUGAUG